UUGUGUUGCUGGUUCCUUUGCGGACGUGUGUGAAUGAUAUCCGCAAAUGGGGUAUUGUUGGAGAGGUGGUUUUUUGUAUGCUACUUGACCCCUCUCGUAAAAUUAUAUUAGACUUUCUGCUUUAUUUUAGGCCCGGCUAUAUCAAGCUGUUUAUAUAUUCACUGGGUGUAGUCGUUCAUUCUCAUCGACGCAAAAUCAACGGCAGCUGUGUUGGUAUACCUAGCUUGCUGCUGAAGCUAGCUAGCAAGUGCGAGACUAGUGUAUAGGACAACCGUUCGCUGGCUAGUUAUGAUGCCUCAAGACAUGACCUCCCUCGUUCAGAAAAUUGCACGACAGGCGUUUGUAACUUUUAGAAAUCCCUAUUCGGUUGGUGAUAAAGCGUUUUUGGAUAAUCAAGGUAAACUUCAAACCCUCAUGGCCGAAGUCAGAGCUGCAGACUUGAACAUUGCUCCAAGGAAAGUUGGCAGCGCUUCAACGCCUUUGCCACACAAUUCCCCGGUCACAUACAUGCACAUAUGCGAGACAGACGAAUUCAGCAUGGGGGUGUUUUUACUAAAGAGCGGUGCUUCCAUACCAUUGCACGACCACCCGGGUAUGUACGGCAUGCUGAAAGUGAUUUAUGGCAAGGUCAGGAUCACCUGUUUUGACAGGUUGAACAAAUCAACCAACGUUGUCAGUGACACGCAGUUCAGCCCUCCGCUGUUACCCUUCCAGAGAGGUGCCUUGAGGAGAUCGAUACUCCGGUCGGUGGGUGAAUUGACAGAAGAGAGCGGUCCGUGUUUUUUGACCCCUGACCGAGACAACCUUCACCAAAUAGACGCAGUGGAUGGACCCACAGCUUUCCUGGAUAUUCUGGCUCCCCCAUAUGAUCCAGAGGAAGGGAGGGACUGUCAUUACUACAAAGUAAUGCAGUCUGCUUCAGAAUCAGAGGACAAAAAGGCAGAGGCUCAGGGACAAAAAGAAGUUUGUCUCAUGGAAAUAUCACAACCUUCUGAUUUUUGGUGUGGUGCUGAACCUUACCCUGGCCCUGAAGUUACUAUCUGAAGUGCAUAAAUGCAGAUUCGUUUCUCAGGACCAUGUCAUAUUGUGUAAAUGUAUGAUGAUCGUAAUUGACUAUGGGAUGGUAUUUUUCACCCUGUUGUGUAAUGGAGAAAAACAUGUCUAAGAACUAACUGCACUUAUCCUGAAUUUGACAAAUGUUCAAUCCAUAUGCAUUUUGACUGCAAUGAAAGUACAUAACCAGCUGAUAAACAUGUCUUUGAUAUUGCUUGCCUGAAAUGAACAGAAACCACAUUUAGAUUAUCAUUAGAUUCUCUGAAAUCAAAUCUAAGGGAAGAUUCAAGAAUGCACUAAAUCGUUGUGUUCCAGUCACUUAUGUUUGAAAAGUAAUACAAAUUUUCUAAGCAUGUUUUAACUAGCUCCAACUACUGUCAGAUUUAGAAUGAUGACUUAGUUAACUGAGCUUUCCUAAUUAAACUUAAUCUAUGAUAACUUUCCUUUC